CCUCCUCCCCACCCCCGCCCCGCAGUGACCCAGGCGCCGCUCGGGCCUCCUCCUCCCUGCCCCUCGCCAGCCCGGGAGUCGCAGGAGGACGGGGCGCGGCUUCCCGAGCGCCGGGCCUGGUUCUCCCGGCGGCGGCAGCUGCGCCCUGGGGGCGGGGAGGGAGCGCAGAGGGACCGGGCGAAGGGGCAGUGGGCGCCCCGGCCUCGCAGCGCGGCUUCAAGUUUCCACCGGCGCGCGGUUGUGCAACAGCGAGAGGAGCCGGAGCCGCGGGCGCCGCGGAAAACAGGCCGAGCCCAUAAACAAAGCCACGUGGCCUCCGGGCCGGGGGGGCGGGCUGAGAGCAGGAGGCUCUUCCGGCAACAAAGAGCCGCGGCCAGCGGCCCGGGAUAAAUACUGCCGCCCGGACCGCGGCGCAGCGCUCCAGCGAGCCCCGCGCGCCCGGCGACCCUCCUCAGCGCCCUCUGCGAGCGCAGGUACCCCGUGCCGCACCCCCCCCGCCAACCCGCAGCCCUCCGCGCCAGCUCCCUGCAGCCGCCCCCCUCGCCGACCCCAGCAUCCGGAGCAUCCGCCCAGGGCGGCGCGUCCCCGAGGCCGCCGGGCCGGUCCAGUCCAUCAGCCGGUCGCGUCCGCUCGCGGUGCCAUGCCAUUCCUCGGGCAGGACUGGCGGUCGCCCGGGCAGAGCUGGGUGAAGACGGCCGAUGGCUGGAAGCGCUUCCUGGAUGAGAAGAGCGGCAGCUUCGUGAGCGACCUCAGCAGUUACUGUAACAAGGAAGUAUACAAUAAGGAGAAUCUUUUCAACAGCCUGAAUUAUGAUGUUGCAGCCAAGAAGAGAAAGAAAGACAUGCUGAAUAGCAAAACCAAAACUCAAUAUUUCCACCAAGAAAAAUGGAUCUAUGUUCACAAAGGAAGCACUAAAGAGCGCCAUGGAUAUUGUACGUUGGGGGAAGCUUUCAACAGGCUAGACUUCUCAACUGCCAUUCUGGAUUCCAGAAGAUUUAACUACGUCGUACGGCUGUUGGAACUGAUAGCAAAGUCACAGCUCACAUCCCUGAGUGGCAUCGCCCAAAAGAACUUCAUGAACAUUUUGGAAAAAGUGGUACUGAAAGUCCUUGAAGACCAGCAAAACAUUAGACUAAUAAGGGAACUGCUCCAGACCCUCUACACGUCCUUAUGUACACUGGUCCAAAGAGUCGGCAAGUCUGUGCUGGUCGGGAACAUUAACAUGUGGGUGUAUCGGAUGGAGACGAUUCUCCACUGGCAGCAGCAGCUGAACAACAUCCAGAUUACCAGGCCUGCCUUCAAAGGCCUCACCUUCACUGACCUGCCUUUGUGCUUACAACUGAACAUCAUGCAGAGGCUGAGUGACGGGCGUGACCUGGUCAGCCUGGGCCAGGCGGCCCUCAACCUGCACGCGCUCAGCGAGGACCGGCUGCUGUGGAAGAAGCUGUGCCAGUACCACUUCUCCGAGCGGCAGAUCCGCAAGCGAUUAAUUUUGUCAGACAAAGGACAACUGGAUUGGAAGAAGAUGUAUUUUAAACUCGUGCGAUGUUACCCACGGAAGGAGCAGUAUGGAGACACCCUUCAGCUUUGCAGACACUGUCACAUUCUUUCCUGGAAGGGCACUGACCACCCGUGCACAGCCAAUAACCCAGAGAGCUGCUCCGUCUCACUUUCACCCCAGGACUUUAUCAACUUGUUCAAGUUCUGAAUCCCAGCACAUGACAGCACUUCAGAAGGGUUCCCCUGCUGAUUGGAUGGUUGGGAAUACAGAGUUUGGACACUUCAUUUGUAAAUAGUGUACAUUUUAAACAUUGGCUCGAAACUUCUGAGAUAAGUCAUUGAGAGGACCUUGGAGGGGAAAGCUGCAGUCGCUGGCUGGGAAUUUAAGAAUAUGGACUUCUCAUUAGAAUUGGUAUGGAAAAGCAGAGAUACUGUAAAUAAACUUUUUUUCCUAACGAUUUGCCAGCAAGACUAUAAGGGCAGGAAUUCUACUUCGUCAAUGAAAACAGAAUUCUCUUGGUGUUCACUGACACUCCUUUAUAGUACCCUAGAGAUGUGGAAGAAAAAGGCAAAACUCGAAUACAAGGUAGAACCUUCUUUGUUUACAAUGUGAAAAAUUGUCUAAAAAAAGAAAGAAAAAAAAAAGAAGAAGAAAACUAUAUAUGAGAAAUCCCUGGGCUUUUGGUUUGAUUUUGGGUUUGUUUUGAAAAAGCUAAGGAAGCAUCACCCAUCUUAAACCCACAUGGGCAUAAGGCCUUAUCUGACAAAGAUACCACACAUCACACAAUAGUCUACCUCGGAAAGCAUGCAAUGCUCUCUUUGACAAAGUGCAUUGUUCCGUAGGCAGUGUCUGUUCUUGUUUCUUCAUCAUAGAAAAAGUGAUUUAAAAUGGGAAGGGAUAUUGGAGGCAAUCCUCAUCAUGUUUCAGACUUCCUUUUUAGGCGAAUGGGGCACUCUUUGGAGUUGCCUCUGUUCUAGAACAACCCCAAAGCAUGUAUGCCCUUUUUUCCUUGCAUGUCGUAGCUCAUUCAGGGCAAUGUAAGGCCAAUUAAAAACAGUCCCAGAGGAAGUCCUGCCGCAGAAAAGAUAGAAUUAGUCACCCAGUAGCUGUGAAGACUUUCUUAUUCCUGUUGAACUUCUUGGCUUGUCUGGGCUUCCCUGAGUAUCUUCAUGGAUAAGCAUAUCUCUGUGGACUGGUCGGAGCCAGAGUGCUGAUAAAGUCUUGUGAGACAGGUUUUCCAUGUCAGUUAAACGUUUUACCAGCUGCUUUCCCUCUUGGCGAGUGAUGAGCUGAGGAGCUUUCUUUUCUUUAAGUCCGACAUCAAAAUUUAGUCAACCUGAGCUAGGGCUUCUUGCAAGGAUGAUAAAAUAAAGCCUGGAGUUCUAGCCAAAUAGGGAACAGAGGUACUGUGAGUUCAUCCUAAACUUGCGCCAUCCCCCAGGCAUCUUGCUAGGCAGAUACCAGCAGGUAGCUGUGUGGAAGAAAGGAAAUCUCAGGACUUAAUGAGUUCAUUAUCAGAUAUUCCUGGGAAGGGGGAGGGGAUGUUUUUGUUUUUUACUUUUUAUAGAACUUUGCUUUUCAACAACAGUGUACAUAUUUUUGCAGUUAGCAGUUGUAUUUGCUUUGCUGUUUUUUUUCUUUUUGCAAAUAAAGUUGCCACCCUGCAUGCACUUGGCAAAUAAGUGAAGCAGAAAUAGGAACUUGGUUCAUAUUCACCAUGGGGAACAGUGUAUCCUUAAGGGUUGAACUUGGGGUGACGUAAAGAGAGGAAAGAUGGUUAAGCAUGGACAGAAAUGAGCCAAGGGACCAGCCAGCCCAGCAGGACCCCUUCACACCCUUCCCUCAGUGCACAACCCAAGUACCAGCAUUCGGAAGAGAAGUCAACUGCUAGUCAACACACCUUGCUUUGCAAUGUUUGUGCCUACUCCAGGGUUCCUCAGUGGUUAUUUUCAUUCUCACCUCCCUAAGAAGAAAAAAUUAAAUUGAAUUUAAAUUCUCCCUAAUGAAAAAAGUUAAAUAUUAAAGAAUAAGAUCUUGUUGGGUACGUUUGAGCUUUGGAGGGCCACCAACCACUGUUGUACCUAAGAGUUUUUUUUACAUUUCCCUCCCCCCAAGUCAAGGUCGCAUGGAGAAUGCAGGGCCUAGACUGUGGAAUGAAAAGCUAGUUCUUCCAUAAUUCAGACAGGUUCUCUCAAAUGUCUUAGCUUCCCUGAGGAUAUGGGGUGGAGUUGGGUUUGUUGUUGCUGUGAGAGCUCUGGGACCCUUGACUCGGAUAUUUUUAUGUUAAGCUUUCGUGGCCUUCCACAUCUUCCCACUAACUCAUGACCCUUUUCGUGCUGAUCAAGGAGGUGGAAACUCCUCUGCAUCUUCAGGUUUGCAGUCCUAGAAAUGUUGCCCGCUUUGGACUGUCAACAAUGCUCAUCUUGCACAUCAUGCCCCAGGCAGCAAGGCGCAUCUUGUAAGAUGACCCCUACCACAAGGGACAGGGUUACGGUUUUCUGAAAUGUUUACCUAGAUAGUGUCUCUGGGCUCUCCCCAUCUCCUUUGGCAUUAUUGGAGGUGGUGUGUGACCGAGUCGAGGAAGAUUUUUAAGAAAAAAAAAGAAGAAACCAACAUUUGUGGGUCUCUUUCAUUGGAAAAGGAGAAUGAGGGAAAUGGCAGGUGGAGAGGGAGAGGGAAAGGAAUAGAAAUAGCAUGUCUCCGAUGCUGUGGUCUGUGUGUGGGCAAUGGAGAAGAGCAGAGUGGGUGCAGAGCAUCUGUGUUGGCACCAUGUGGUAGCUGUGAAGCAUGGCUAGAGCCUCAUAUAUGAGUAAAGUGAGUUAAAAAAAGAAAAUUCUUGUUUCCUGGGCACUAAUUAUCUAUAGAAUUUUAUUGGCAAACCCUCCUUGGACAACCUGAUCUAAAACACAAAAACAAAGAAUCUUUGUCUCAGAAUGGCUGGUCUAAAAGCCAGAAGAGACAUGACAUGGAAAUUGCUAGAAGAGACGGAAUGUUCUACUCUCUUUGCUGUACCUACCCUGCACCGUAGAAUUUGAAAUUGAUAUCAAAUGUGAAGUAAUUUGGACUUCCAGAGAAGGAAAGAGUUUUGUCCAGGGCAGGGUGAGCAAAUCCACAGGGAUGUUACAAUUUGGGCCAACUCAAAGGUUUAUGGGCCAUGAGCCUAGAGUCUCCUGUGAGAAAGGCACAGCAUUUGGGGAAAGGAGAAUGUGUGAAGUUUAGGAGUGCUAACGUUAUAGCAAGAUCCAGAAAAAAGUUCAAUGACAUUUUAAACUAGAUUGCGUUAUUAAUCAAUGCUGUUGCUUUGAGCAAAUGGAUCAGUCGUAUGGGAGGGCAGGUGGCAGAAACCACAAAGUGGAAACAUCCCCAGGGUGUCAGUUGUGAGAUGACAUUUGUUUGGUGAUGAUCAAUUUUAUAUUGAAGUGGAGGAGAUAUUUUAGAUGCGCUGGAUUUACGCUGCGAAACUCAACGCAAGAGCGGGCUUUACUUAGCGAUGGUGAAGUCAGGUAACAGGUAUGUACUGCAUUAUUGCCCCAUUUCUCAUCUUUGUGGAUUCAAAAAUUGUUUUUCAUGAGGAGCUUGUAAUUAACAGAGGCUUCUUGUUUCUGUUGUUUUUAUGUGGGAGAAGAGAAAGAGCUUGGAAUUUUAUUUGUCUAAGCAAGUGGUGUGAUUUAUAAGAAGGUCGAUCAUUUCAAGACAUGUUCAACAGUGUAUCAUUCUUAGCUUUCAAUACCAUGUUUAUCAUAAAAUAUGCACCUGAGUUUAUAUUUUUCUGCCAGGCUGUAGGGCAAUAAUGUCUUGCUAUGCAAUCACUCUAUUUUAUGUGUGAAUUUUUUUUAACUGUAAUUUUAUGUGUGAAUUUUUUUUAACUAAACUAUAUCAUCAUUUUCUAUGUUGA